CAGUGUGUACAGAUACAGAAUAACUGGAAGUCAAGUAGUGCAAUGUGGAAGUUGGUGCCAGAGAGCGCAGGAGAGACCUAUCAUUUUCUCACUGGUACAGACUAUGUUGUGGGACGCAAGAACUGUGUGAUUUUAAUUCCAGAUGAUCAAUCGAUUAGUCGUUCCCAUGCUGUGUUAUCUGCUACACAUACUGUCGCCAACCUGGGUCAACCAAACUUAAUUCCCACUUUAACAAUUAAAGAUGCCUCAAAGUAUGGCACUUUUGUCAAUGAAGAAAGGAUUGCAAAUGCUGUUCCCAGGGCUCUUAAAUCUGGGGACAAGGUUACCUUUGGUGUAUUCAAUAGCAAGUACAGGGUAGAAUAUGAGCCACUGGUUGUGAGUUCCUCUUGUUUGGAAAAUACUGAGAAGACCACUUUAAAUCAAGUCAUUGUGCUCCUUGGAGGUCAUGUGUUAAAUAACUGGGCAGAAAAAUGUACUCACUUAGUAAUGACUUCAAUCAAAGUUACAAUCAAGACUAUAUGUGCCUUAGUUUGUUGUCGACCAGUUGUAAAACCAGAGUACUUUAGUGAGCUGGUCCAAGCCAUUAAGCAGAAGCAAGUACUGCCUGCCCCUAAAAGCUUCAUAAAGCAAAGAUUUUUUUUGUCAUUGCAGUACAAAAAACUGAGCCCAGCAAUCAUUUUUGGUGGUGGCAAAGCUAAACUAAUAACAGGAGAAAGGGAAGACACGUUACUACUGGAGAAUCCUUCUACAUGUGUAAUUGAUGUUGGCGUUACAAGCUCACAGCUCUCGGAGUCCGUGUCUGCACAAACUUGGAUCAGUUCCACUUUGGACUUGCUACAGCGAGACUUCCAGAAAGAAUGUUAUAGCAGGUGCUACACUGUCACAAAGUAUGGCAGUUGAUGAAACUAUAUUACCUGCACCCACACUUAAUAUCACAGCAUAUGUUGCUAAUACUGAGCUUCAAGACCAGACCAAUACUUGGAUGGAUAUAAGUGGAGCUCGAGAAGUAAAGGAAACACCCAAAACAGAGGGUAGAAGUAAUUAUCAGUCAUCUAAAGCUCAGCUGGAAAAGGAUACUGGUGGUGGGGAUGAGGACAUUAGAUGUGCUUUGUUUCAAGAUGUAGCCACAACAGAGAAGAAAAAUGUACAACUCUCACAAAUAAACAAGUCUGCCAAGAACACGGAGAAGGAUUCACAAACAACACAUUCAUCUAAUAAAAUUAAGAAUUACUUCCAGCCAUUAAGCAAGAAAAGGGGCCGAGAUGAGGAGGAAAACAAAUUUUCAUCUACAAAGACGGCAAGAAAAGAAAAUGUGUCUAAUUUGUGUUCUGAACAAACGCAGCCAGUGAUGGCUUCUCAAGCAAAAGGCAAAACUAGCCAAAUUUGUCAUGCUUCUAAUACAGGGCAGCAGUCAGCUCUGUAUAGUGAACAAGAAAUGCUUUCAGAUGAUCAGCCUCUUGGUAACAAGGUGACAGCUAAUUCAGUAGAAUCAAUAACAAAAAAAAGAAAAGAGAUUGAAGAAGAUUUAGUGGAAGAGUCUGAUGUGGAAAGUGAAGAAGAGAAAAAUAUUAAAAUGGAGGAGAGUAGCCUAAAUAGCAAUUUGAGUAAUGUAAAAAGAAGAAGAUUGGUUUCAGAAAAAGAUGCAGAUGAAAAUUUCAACACAUCACCUGAAAAGGAAGCAAAAAACACAAUACUAAAACAGAUUCCUCCACAGAACACAAAGGCUGAGGGGGAAAUAAAAAAGGAACAAUACUCUCAAAGGGAACAGUCUAAGAUAACUACAGCCAUUAAAGAGGAAGACGAUGGGAUACCGCGUAGACUUCUACUGACUGAGUUUAAGUCACUGGUUGUCAGCCUACCAGCAAGAAACAUUAAAACCUCUGCAAACAGUUACCAAGGGAAUGCAACUAAUUUUAAAAAAUUUAAAAAGGUGGCAUACCCAGGAGCAGGUGGUUUUCCCCACAUCAUUGGAGGUUCUGAUUUGAUUGCUCAUGAUAGGAAGAAAAAUUCAGAACUAGAACAGUGGUUACGUCAAGAAAUGGAGGAGCAAACUCAACAAGCAAGAGAGGAGUCACUUGCUGAGAAUCUCUUUAGGUAUAAUCCAAAAUCUGUGAAAAGGAGACGAUAAAUUUGUUGGUUCCAUAGAACGUUUACUAAAACUGCUAUAAAUGAAUGUACAAAAAAGUUGCUUUUAUUAGAGUGAAUAGAAUCACUAAGUGUAAAACUUGUUUAUGGAUCAUAUGUUUACAGUCUGUCUCUUCCGUAAUGUAAAUAACUAUUAAAGAAUUAAGUUGUACGA